ACUCGGUCAUUUCUAAUGCUUACCAUUCAGGUUUGAAGGUUAAAGUAAGACUAUUGUCUUAACACAUCAUUGUAUUAUACCUUGUGUUGAAGGAAAUAACAUUUAUUCUAGAAAAAAGUUCAAUCAAAAUGAACGCCGAAUUCCGAUCAAAAGUGGAAGAGUCUUCAAGAACAGCUGAAGAUUUCACUAAGUUAUACUAUGAAAGUUUGGACAAAAAACGACACCAAAUGUCACGUUUGUAUUUGGACAACGCAAUCGCUAUUUGGAAUGGAAAUGGAACAACUGGAAAAGAAAAUAUUCAAAAAUUCUUCCAAGAUCUUCCUAUAACUGAACAUACUAUCACAACUCUUGAUGCUCAACCAGUCAUUGAUGAAGCUCUUUCCAAUCAAAAGACUUUAUUGAUUAUGGUAUCUGGUAUGUUUCGCAUUCAAAACAAUCAAUCCAAACAAUUUCAACAAACUUUCAUUAUUACCGCGCAUGAAGAAAAAUGGAAAAUCGUGAGUGAUUGCUUUCGAAUUCAAGAUGCGUUGAGUACCAUAGACAAAAAAUGAAAUUAAUGUAUAAAAAAAUAAUCAAUAAAAUGAAAUUUCGAGAAUAAACUCAAACUAUAGUCAUUAAA